UGCGCAACUGUGAACAUCCUUUACAUUAGGAAAAAAAAUGAAACCUAAACCCUGAUUCCAUUGACAACCUAAAACCCUAAACAUAGUCACUCUCGAUACCGUGAACUUUUUACUUUGAUCUCCAUGCUCAAAGAUGCUACCUCCCUACAAUUCCUUCCCUCGCCUUCCUAACCAGAGCCAGCAAACUAAUGCUCUCUCUACUCCACCUUCUCAACAGGUUAUGCAAUCAAACCCUUCCGUUGUAAAUUCGGGUAAUUUAGUGCAAAACACCAUGCAAUUUCAACGCCAGUUUGGCAUGAACAACGCUCAAAUUCAAGUUCCCCCGAGUAAUUCUAAUGCCCAUUUGAACCCCAACAUGCGGCCUUCCAUUACUCAACCUGGUUUCAUGAAUGUACCUAACCAUGUUCUUCCCUUGCAAAAUAAUCAUCUGGGUAUGCCCCAUUUGGGUUCUCAACAGGGCCUAUCCCAUGUGGGGUUUGGUUCACAAAACAGCGUAUGCAAUAUGAACCCCGUUGCAGGGUUUGCUGUUAACGGACAAUUCUGCAAUUUGAUGCAGAAUACAAAUCAAGUCAAUGCGUCGCAGCCUCCUUUUGUCCAUAAUUUUCCAAAUUUACAUCAACAACUCAAUCAAAAUAUGGGUUUGCUGAAUGGGCAGUACGGUUUUCCAAAUAUGUUGCAAAAUGUGAACCAACUUGUGCCCUUGCAAAUGCCAGCUUCUUCUCAAGUUGGUCCUUACGGUAUCCCUUUAUGUCCUCCACAUAUGUUGGGUGGCCUCAAUCAACCAACGCAGGCCACAGUUCCUCAAAAUCCUUCUAUUUUUCCGAAUAUGCAUUUUGGUCCUGUACAUUGUAAUCAGGUUGGGCAGCAAGAUAACCAGAAUCAGCAAAACUUUGCUCCACCUACAAUGAAUGGACCUGUUACUGCUCAGCAAUUGAAAGGGAACUCGUCCGCACCACUUAAUCGCUGUCCGGUUCAACCACCUCAUACUAAAAACUUGCAAACUCCUGUUUUCACAUGGUCACAGGGCAAUCCUACUGAUAAGGGUGGGAGUAAUAUUCCGAGCUCCAACUGGAAACAUUCACCCAACAAAAAAUUCACAAGGAAUUCAAAAAGUGGACUAUCUCAAGUGGGAUCUCACAAGUGUCAGUCUCAUCAAAUGAAAAAUGCAAAGAAAAGGUCUGGGUUUCCUUAUGAACACAGGGGGAAAGGACUGAGCAAUGAGAGGUCUGGACAAUUUGGUAUAGCUAAUUCUACCAACCAAGUCAGGGAGCCAAAGAGAUUUCUUUCUUGGACCUACUCAAAACGAGAAGUCCAGCAGUGGCGUGAAGCACGAAAGAAGAAUUACCCAUCAAAAUCCAACAUAGAGAAGAAGCAGGCUGCGAAGCUAUCAGACUCUGAAGGCAUUGAUAGAGAUGCCAAACUACGAAAAGUGCAACUCAAGGAGAUUUUAGCAAAGCAAGCUGAAUUGGGAGUUGAAGUCGCAGAGGUACCAUCCCACUAUCUGUCAGAUACAGAGAAGCGAGGGCAUGGAAGGGAAGAGAACAAAAGGCAGUUGAAUAAGAAGGGGAGAUUCCAAAACAAGUUUAAUAAAAGGGGGAGAUGCAACAAAAAAGAUCGGCUUGCUAAGAGACAGAGGCUAGAGGAGAAGGAUUCAUCUGUUGUUCACAAUGAAGACAAGGAUUCAUCUAACGUCCCUUCUUUGAACAAGAGAAUGCCAACACUACUGCAGAAGCUUCUGAGUGCAGAUAUAGGUAGAGAUAAACGCCGCAUGCUGCAGGUUUUUAGGUUCAUGGUGAUGAACUCUUUCUUCAAAGAUUGGCCGGAUAAGCCUCUUAAAUUUCCUUUGGUAAUAGUUAAUGAAAGUUGGUGUGAGGAUGAUGCAAUUGAAGAGAAAUCAUCAGCCAUGGGUAAAGAUGCUGAAAACGAUGAUGGUGAGAGUGAUGGUGAAGAUGCUGAAGAUGAUGGUGGUGAGAGUGAAGAUCGUCAUGAUGAUGAAAAUGAAGGCAACAACAAUGCUGAUGUAAAAAUUGAUGCACAAGUGAAAAAAGUGUCCUGCUUUGUUAGGAGAGAAGGGAGUAUUGGUGUGGGAAUUGAGAGUCCCGAGGAAGAAGAGGGUGAAAUCAUUGACUAGAAUAAACUCUUGUCCCUCUUGAGCGUGGUACUGCUAGAUGUAGAGUGCAGGUUGUCUUAAAACGUUAAGAAUGUAAUAGAACUGGGGAUGAAAAAAUAUAUCGAGCAAACCCGCAAUCUGCCUCAAGAACUCUACCUCUUUCUGUUUAUAUAUGGAUGCACAGAGGGCACACCUUUCUUA